AUGUGGGUGUUCGGCUACGGCUCCCUCAUCUGGAAGGUGGAUUUCCCUUACGAGGACAAGAUGGUAGGAUGCAUCCAGGGCUACAGCCGCCGCUUCUGGCAGGGCAGCACCGACCACCGCGGCGUGCCGGGCAAGCCUGGAAGAGUUGUGACUCUGGUUGAAGAUCCUGAGGGGUGUGUAUGGGGGGUUGCUUACAGACUGCCAGCAGGACAAGAAUGUGAAGUGAAGGCAUACCUGGACUUCAGAGAGAAGGGAGGCUACAGGACUACAACUGUAAUUUUCUACCCAAAGGACCUGUCAGUAAAACCAUUUGAUGUGUUGUUGUACAUUGGAACUUGUGACAACCCAAACUACCUUGGUCCAGCACCUCUGGAAGAAAUCGCUGAACAGAUUUGUAAUUCUGUUGGUCCUAGUGGAAGAAACACAGAGUAUCUGUUUGAACUUGCUAAUUCUAUCAGAAAUCUUGUGCCGGAAGAUGCAGAUGAACAUCUCUUCUCCUUAGAGAAACUAGUCAAGGAAUUCUUGGAAAAGCAUCAAAACCUCAAUUGUCUAUAAAAUAACUUCUUUGUUUUAGCAGUCUUGCUUCAUCUUCAGAGGAGCUGUUUCAUUGCACAGUGGGG